AUGGACGACGACUGGCAAGAAGCAGCCUUCUCCUCUCGGCACGUUCACAACCGCGUCGGCCGGUCGAGCGGCGGCCGCACGGAGCGGCAGGCCGCAUUCGACGUGCGCAAGGCAUUCGGGACCUACGGCCAUGGUGGUGCAUCGGACGAAGAAGCGCCAACGAGGAGGAGCGCAAGCGCCUCGCAGCUGGAGAUAUAUCGCUUGACUCCCAGCGGCCAGGGCCUCGUCGGAGAGAUCCGGCUUCGUGGCGCGAUCGAGGCGACGGUCGUCUUGGCUGGCAGCCGCAAGACCCUCCGGGAUGUCGUCGGGGAAAUGGAAGUACCGCCUACCUCUACCUCGAGUCCAGACGCAAGUGGACAAGAGGAGCAAGGCGAAGGCGAAGGCGAAGAAAGCAGUGAGGAAGCUGCAGAAAGCGCCGAAGACCGCGAAGACAGCGAGGACGUGAGCGCAGAAGCCUCGCAGCAGCGUCGCUCUCGCACGUUCGAGAAGAACAGCUUCCGGUCGCCGAAGUUCUGGCUUCAAUGGCGCGGACAGGUCACGAGGCCGGGCACUUCUGACGUGGUCAACGGCGACGGGGUAGGCUAUCUGGUGUUCGCGGGAAACGACUGUUGUAAGUUCCAGGCGACCAUCAGCUGCAGGGUCUUGGGCUGGGAUAACGUCAGCUUCGGUGGUCGGAAGGAUGCCUCGAGGAGCGAGAGAGAUGUCCCGGUUGUGUGGGCAUAUGCGAGUCCGAGAGGACUAUUAGACGAUCAGCCGUCGUCAGCAUGGUAG